CAGAAAGGGCCCCUGGCAUCAAACUUCCGUAUUCUUUCUUCAAACUUCAUUCCUCAAAUUUUUGCAACUGUCCUGUUGAGCGGAAAUGUUGUCAUUCAGGGAUGUGGCCAUUGAUUUCUCUGCAGAGGAGUAUGAAUGCCUGGACCCUGCUCAGUGGAAAUUGUACAGGGAUGUGAUGCUAGAGAAUUACAGCAACCUUGUGUUCCUGGCAGGACUUGCUUCCGCUAAGCCAUAUCUCGUGACGUUCCUGGAGCAAACACAAGAGCCUUCAGAUGUGAAAGGAGGAACGGCUACCAUUAAGCAUCCAGUGGAAAAAUACUGUACCUGCAAAGAAUGUGGCAAAGUCUUUGAGUGGACGAAAGUGUUUCAAAAUCACCAGAUAAUUGAUUUAGGAGUGAAGGGCUACAAGUGUGAAGAAUGUACCAAGUACAUCCAUAUUCCAUCAUUACUUCCUGAAGAGAAAACAAUUCAUACAGUAGAAAAACCUUACAAAUGUGAAGUUUGUGGAAAGGCCUUCUGCAUCCCAUUAUUACUUUCGAAACACAAGAUAAUUCAUACAGGAGAGAAUCCCUAUAAGUGUGAUGUGUGUGGCAAGGCCUUCCAACAUCCUUCAAGACUUUCCAGACAUAAGAAAAUUCAUUCAGGAGACAAACCAUACAAGUGUGAAGUGUGUGGCAAGGCCUUCCACUUUCCAUCGUUACUUUUGGUACACAAGAGAAUUCAUACUGGAGAAAAACCCUACAAGUGUGAAGUAUGUGGCAAGGCCUUCCAUUAUCCAUCAAUACUCUCUAAACAUAAGCGAAUUCAUACAGGAGAGAAACCCUACAAGUGUGAAGUAUGUGGCAAAGCCUUCCACAUUUCUUCAUUUCUUUCCAAACACAAAAUAAUUCAUAGAGGAGAAAAACCAUACAAGUGUGAUAUAUGUGGCAAGGCCUUCCAUUAUCCAUCAAGACUUUCCAACCAUAGGAAAAUUCAUUCAGAAGAGAAACCAUACAAGUGUGAAGUAUGUGGAAAGGCCUUCCGCUUUUUAUCACUACUUUCUAAGCACCAGAUAAUUCACAGAGAAGAAAAUCCCUACAAGUGUGAAGUAUGUGGCAAGGCUUUCGAUUAUCCAUCAAGACUUUCUACCCAUGCAAAAAUGCAUACAGAAGAGAAACCAUACAAGUGUGAAGUCUGUGGAAAGGCCUUCCGCUCUCUGUCAUCGCUUUCUAAACACAGGAGAAUUCAUACAGGAGAUAAUUACUAUAACAGUGAAGUAUGUGGUAAAGCUUUUGUCUAUCCUUCAAGACUUUCUAAACAUAAUAAAAUUUGUACAGGAGAGAAGCCCUACAAGUGUGAAGUAUGUGGCAAGGCCUUCCAUGUUUCAUCAUUACUUUCUAAACACAGAACAAUUCAUACAGGAGAAAAACUGUACAAGUGUGAUGUAUGUGGCAAGGCCUUCUAUUAUCCAUCAAGACUUUCCAACCAUAAGAGAAUUCAUACAGGAGAGAAACCAUACCAGUGUGAAGUAUGUGGAAAGGCCUUCUGUUUUCCACCAUCACUAUCUAAACACAAGAGAAUUCACACAGGAGAGAAACCAUACAAGUGUAAAGAAUGUGGAAAGGCCUUCCGCUUUCCGUCAUCACUAUCUGCACACAAGAAAAUUCAUACAGGAGAAAAACCCUACAAGUGUGACGUUUGUGGCAAGGCCUUUCAUUAUCCAUCAUUACUUUCUAAACACAAGAUAAUUCAUACAGGAGAAAAACCCUACAAGUGUGAAGUAUGUGGCCAGGCAUUCCAUGUUGCAUCAAAACUUUCUCAUCAUAAGAUAAUUCAUACAGGAGAAAAACCCUACAAGUGUGAAAUAUGUGGCAAGGCCUUUCAUUAUUCAUCAUUACUUUCUAAACACAAGAUAAUUCAUACAGGAAAAAAACCCUACAAGUGUGACAUAUGUGACAAAGCAUUCUAUUAUCCAUCAAGACUUUCUAGCCAUACAAAAAUGCAUACAGGAGAAAAACCAUACAAGUGUGAAGUCUGUGGAAAGGCCUUCUGUUCACCAUCAUCACUUUCUAAACACAAGAGAAUUCAUAAAGUAGAAAAAGCCUACAGUUGUGAGGUUUGUGGAAAGGUCUUCUGUAUUCUGUUAUUACUUUCUAAACACAAGAGAAUUCAUACAGGUGAGAGUCACUGUAAUAGUGAAAUACGUAGCAAGGCCUUUGUUUAUCCUUCAAGACUUCCUAAACAUAAGAAAAAUCAUACAAGAGAAAAACCAUACAAGUGUGAAGUAUGUGGAAAGGCCUUCGAUUAUCCUUCAAGACUUUCUAAACAUAAGAAGAUUCAUACAAGAGUAAAACCAUACAAGUGUGAAGUAUGUGGAAAGGCCUUCCACUUUGUAUCAUUAUUAUUAGUACACAAGGGAAUUCAUACUGGAGAAAAACCCUACAAGUGUGAAGAAUGUGGGAAGGCCUUCUAUUAUCCAUCAUUACUUUCUAAACACAAGAUCAUUCAUACAGGAGAAAAACCAUACCAGUGUGAAAUAUGUGGCAAGGGCUUCCAUGUUUCAUCAUCACUAUCUAAACAUAGGAGAAUUCAUACAGGAGAGAAGCCAUACAAGUGUGAAGUAUGUGAGAAGGCCUUCCGCUUUUCAUCAUCACUAUCUAAACACAAGAGAAUUCAUACAGGAAAGAAACCCUACAAAUGUGAAGAAUGUGGCAAGGCCUUCCAUUUUCCAUCAUUACUUUCUAAACACAAGAUAAGUCAUACUCGAGAAAAACCCUACAAUUGUGACCUAUGUGGCAAGGCCUUCUAUUAUCCAUCAUUACUCUCCAAACACAAGAUGAUUCAUACAGGAGAAAAACCCCACAAAUGUGAUGUAUGUGGCAAGGCCUUCCAUUAUCCUUCAAAACUUUCCAACCACAAGAAAAUUCAUACAGGAGAGAAACCAUACAAAUGUGACAUAUGCGGAAAUGUCUUCCGUUUUCCAUCAUCACUUUCUGAACAUAAGAGAACUCACACAGGAGAGAAUCCAUACAAAUGUGAAGUAUGUGGCAAGGCCUUCCAUGUUCCAUCAAAACUUUCUCAUCACAAGAUAAUUCAUACAGGAGAAAAACCCUACAAGUGUGAAGUUUGUGGCAAGGCCUUCCAUUAUCCAUCAUUACUUUCUAAACACAAGAUAAUUCAUACAGGAAAGAAACCCUACAAAUGUGAGGUAUGUGACAAAGCCUUCCAUUAUCCAUCAAGACUUUCUAAGCAUAAGAAAAUUCAUGGGGCUAGAGAGAUGUCUCAAGGGUUAAGGGCACUAGUUGCUCUUCCAGAGAUUCUGAGCUCAAUCCCCAGUAACUACAUUGUGGCUCACAAUCAUCUAUAAUGGGAUCUGAUUCCCUCUUCUGGUAUGUACAUGCAGAUAGAACAGUCAUAUACAUAAAAUAAAUAUAUCUUUAAAAAUAUUGAUGUAUGUUGCUUGGUGCCAAGAAAAGAAAAUUCACACAAGAGCGAAGUGUGUUAAAUAUGUUGAAAGGCCUUGAAUUUCAGCAUCACUUUCAGUGUAUACAAGAAAAUUCAUACAGGAGAAAAACCCUACAAGUGUGAAGUAUGUGGCAAGAAUUUCCAUUGUACAACAUUAUUUUCUAACCACAAGAGAAGUCACUCAGGAGAGAAACCCUGCAAAUAUGAAGUAUGUAUCCCGAUCUUCUGUUGUCUAUAAUUACUUUCUGAACACAAGAAAAUUCACACAGGUGAGAAACCUGACAAUUGUGAAGUGUAGAACUUUUAGAACUAGCCAGAUUCUUUAUACUCAUUGGAAACCAUACAAAUGUGAGGAAUGUUGAUUAUCCUCUAAAAAUUCAUACCCAUGUCUACACAAAGUAACUCAUAAUGUGGUGACAUUUACAAAUGCAAAGAAUAUGUCGAAAUGCUCAACAAAAACAUUAAGUAUCAUCAAAGAAUCAAUUCUGCAGAGAAACCAUAUAAAUCUAAAGAAUGUGGCAAAUAUGUUAGAAGUUCUAUAGCAUGGUCCAAACAUGGGAUAAUUCCUACUGGAGAGAAACAUAGUUGUGGAGAAUGCAGCCAAAACUAUUAACAGUCUUCUGGUCUUAAGCAACAUUCAAGAAUUCCUGCGUGAGAGAAAGCACACAAGUGUGAAGAAUAUUCCAAGGUCUUUUGUACUUACUAAGAAGCAUGUAAAACAUCUUAAUUCAUAGAGACUAAAAUUCCACAUGUGAAAAAUGUUGCAAAUCCUUUAAUAAACUUUCUUAUAUUUCUCAGCACAAGGUAGUUUGAACUAUAGUGAAAUAAUACAAAUGUUUAAAUAUUCAGAAUAUUUUAAUACUUCUUCAGACACUAAUAUUUGUGGAAACCUUCAUGGUAAAUAGAAACCAUAUAAGAUUGAGGAAAUAAAGCCUUUGGAAUCAUUCACAUAAUCCUGUCAAAAGUACAGCUAUCAGACUUUUUUCUUCUGGAUUUUGGGCUGAUCCUUUCUUGCUGUCUUGUUUCUUCUGUUUUGGAAUCAGAACACUUCAAUUAUACAAUUGUGUUGGAAAUGUAGUCACUCAUUUUUAUGUUGUAAGAGAUCACACAUAAGAGAUUACCCUUAGUCUCACAUGACACAUGGACUGUGGCCUUUCAUAGUGUUAUAAUUGUUGAAUACUUUGUGGACCUUUCAAGUUGUAGCCUAUUUUACUUAUGAGAGAAGAGUAAUGUUGGGGAAAGGGGAAGAAAUGGGGAUUAAAGCUCUGACUAUGGCUAGCAUGAUAAGUUUGGGAACAAAGUUAAAAGACAAGACUCAUACCCAUGUUACUAUUCCAAGUACUUACAAAAUAGAGGAAAUUACCUCUACAGAUUGUUCUCUGACCUCCAUACAUGGGCUCCCACGUAUACAUACAAACUGAAUUAUAUCUGUGUUUUAAACAGAGGUCAAGAAGUAAUGCUUAAAUUUUGUUAACUCCAUGAGUUCUAGCAUCAUGUGAGAAGCAAGACUGAUUGUUGAUUUGCACUUUCUGUUUAGUUUAUUUGACAUCAGAAGAUCUGGUGAUUGUGUUUAGAAGCACAUGCUGGAAAUAACUGCAAUAUAAGAAACCCUGCAAUCUCCUGCUUCCUAACUGUGGAUGGAACAUGACUACCUGCUUUAAGCUCCUGUUGCCUUUACUUUCUUACAUGUGUGGUGGUUGGAAUAAGACCCUAAGGGUUCAGAGAUUUGAAUGCUUAGUCAUCAGAUAGGAGCACUUCUUUAAAAGGAUUAAGCAGUGUGGCAUCAUUGGAAUAAGUGUGUCACUGGGGGUUGUAUUUAAGGUUUCAAAAGCUCAGACCCAGUGUCUCCCUCUUCUUAUUGACUACGGAUCAAAAUGUAAAAUUCUCAGCUACUUCUCGAGCAUCAUGUUCCCUAGCAUGCUCCCUACAAUAAUGAUAAUGUACAAAACUUCUGAAACUGUAAACAAGCCCAAUAAAUGUUUUAUAAGAGUUA